AUGUUCGUGUCGAAAAGAAUCGAAGGGCUAACGCAUAUCGUGCAUUCUAAAGACUGUCAGGAAGUACGCAUGCGGAACAGGGAGGGGAAGGAACUCAGAAUCUUCAAUAUAUAUAACCAACCAAACAACGGAGAGGACACGGUAAACCUGCUCUCGCAGCUAAUUCCACCGGCGAGAGACCAAGAGCCAGGAGUAUCGCACCUAGCGUUGAAACCGGGUUCCAUCACACGCAACCAGGCAGGCAGUCGGACCACAAUCGACCUAGUGUUCGCCACGGAAGGGCUCGGCGGGCGAAUAGUGUUGGAGCAGAUCCAUGCGGAUUCGGACCACUUACCAAUACGGACAAUUAUCGACUUCGACACGCCGCAGCCGGAACAGGAAAAGAAGAGGAGGAACUGGAAGGCGAUGGACGAGGAUAAGUUCUCCAAAUUCGUACAGACUAACUUACAAGGAAAGCCGUGGCUAAACCUCCCUAGGGAGGUGACACCAAGGCGCAUCGACGAUGCAGUGGAGUUCAUCAUGGAAGCCCAACCUUCAUCACGGGCCAACCCUAGCUUCACCCCCGAAUACUCUGAAGCCAUAAAGGCAAGGAACCGUUCGCAGGAGACUGGAAGUAUUAUACCGUCCCUUAAGCGGCCGGAUGGCAGUCUUGCAGACACCAAUCAGGCCAAGGUAGAUAUCCUACAAAAAGUCUUCUUCCCCGAGCCACCCCCCACCGACCUCGACGACAUCCAUGAGAAUCAGACUAACAUUCCCGCCCAUCUAGCGGCAGGGACUCUAGGACACGAUUCAACGCGCACCGCCGGACAAAGCCCCCGGGGAGGACGCCAUUCCAAACCGGAUUUAGCGUCUAUUAGCCGCAGACGACGCAUUCACCGACAUCAUCACCUCGAUAUGCAACGUAUAUAUCCGCGCGGGUUAUAA